UCCGCCGAGCUGGGGGCGGUGGUGGUCGGGGCGAUGCAGGGUGGGGGGGGGGGGGGCACAGAGCCCAGCCCGAGCCCCCCCCUCCGCUGCUGGAGGAGCAGCGAGGGCCGGUGAAAAGCCCCCCUCCGGCUGGGACAAAAGGCUGGCACAGAAAUGUCACCUCCAGCCCGAGCGGGGGGACCAGGCACCGGGAGGUGACCCCAGCGAGCGGCCGCACCGGGACCCCCGUGGGGCCUCGUCGGGACCCCCCCGGCUCUGGGCAGCCCCGUCCCAUGGCACCGGCAGUGCCGGCGGUGCUCUCGGUGAGCCAGCAGCACCCCCUCUGCUUCAGUUUGCCCCAAACUGGGCUGACUUUUGGAGGGGAUUGGGGACUGGUUCUCCUCGAGCCGUCCUCCCGGAGCCACCGGCAUCACCGGAGCUGCUGGGAGCCGCAACCGACACCGGGAAGGCUCCUGCUGGGGUGGCCCCGCGCAGCCCCAUCUUUCAGGGACUCCCUGCUGCCCUCUUUCACCUCCUUUGCCCUCAAAAUUUGAGCCUCGCUCAUGAGGCAGAGCGUGCCAGGCCGGCGGGGUCCCCGGGGACGAGCUGGCUGCCAGCGAGCACCACGAGCACCGGCACCGGGGAGCUCCGGGCAUCACCGCGACGGGUGCUGAGGCACCCACGGAGCAAACCCCACAGCCCGCAGGGGAACCCGGGGCCGUGCUCCAACAGCGGGGGCCCCUCUGGCGUCCCCCAGUCCCGCUCCCGGCAUCUGGCUGGCCUCAAAGCGGGGGAGCCCGGCCAGCAGCAUCGCUCCGGCGAAGGGGGGGGGGGGGCCGUGGCCAUGCGCCCGCGCCGGGGGCCGAGCCAGCAGCGCGCUGGCAGGACGAGCGGCCUCCCGGCCCGCAGAUAAGCGGCGCGGAGCAGGGGCGAAGGGUUUGUUGUGUCUGCCGCCGGCCCAAGGAUUUUCCCAGGCCCGGGAGCGCUCGCACCCGCCGUGACUCAGAGCCCCGGCUGGAGAAGGCAGGCGGGGAGGGGGGUGGUGGAAGGAUGCUCGGGGGCCCCGGCACACGCGUGUGCGCGCGGCUCUCGGCGUGCGCACGGAGGAGGCAGAGGGAGAAGCCCAACGCAGCAGCCAGCGAGGGGUUAAGGAGCGGCGCCAGCAGCCCGGGCUCUGUUUAGUCUGGGCUCCGCGCUGGAGACGGGGCCGGGGCAGCGCCGAGCACGCCUGCGGCACCCCGAGGGGAGCGGCGCCAUGUCCCUCGGCGCGCCCACCAGCAGCGACGCCUGCCUGAGCAUCGUGCACAGCCUGAUGUGCCACCGGCAGGGCGGGGAGAACGAGACCUUCGCCAAGCGGGCCAUCGAGAGCCUGGUGAAGAAGCUGAAGGAGAAGAAGGACGAGCUCGACUCGCUCAUCGCCGCCAUCACCACCAACGGCGCCCACCCCAGCAAGUGCGUCACCAUCCAGCGCACCUUGGACGGGCGGCUCCAGGUGGCGGGCAGGAAGGGGUUCCCCCACGUCAUCUACGCCCGGCUGUGGCGCUGGCCGGACCUGCACAAGAACGAGCUGAAGCACGCCAAGUUCUGCCGCUUCGCCUUCGACCUCAAGUACGACAGCGUCUGCGUCAACCCCUACCACUACGAGCGCGUGGUGGCCCCGGCCAUCGGUCUGAGCAUCCCCAGCGCAGCCCCCCAAUGGUCUCCGGUGUCCCCCCCGCCCAGCGCCCCCCGCCCGCCUGGUGAAGGAGGAGUUUGUCCAUGCCUGUGUGCAGAUGGAGGUGCCGCACGGGGCCAAGCGGGCGCCGCGCCCCCCCGCCGAGCCCUACCGCCCGCCGCUGCCCCCCCCGACGCUCCCCGAAUCCCCCCGCGCCCCCGGGAGCCUCUACCCUGCACUGCCCAUGUCGCCCCCAGUGGCCCCCGGUGGCCCCCUGCUCCCCCUGCCCCCCAACGAGGGGCUGCUGCGGAUCGCCUGCCCCACGCCGCCCCCCGCCACGCCAGCGCAGCCCCCCCCGCAGAACGGAUACCCCGCGCCCCCCAAGCCGCCCUACCACGGUUCUCCGGCGAGCUGGAGCAGCGGCAGCACGGCCAUCUACGCCCCCAGCCUGGGGGGCUGCAGCCCCCUCCCCAGCCCAGCAGCCGGAGCCACCCGCAGCCCCCCCUGCACCACCCCAACCACUACUGGCCCCCACCCCAUAGCUCUGCACCCUACCAGCAGCCGGUGUCCACGCACCCCGGGCCAGAGUUCUGGUGCUCCAUCACCUAUUUCGAGAUGGACGUGCAGGUGGGGGAGAUCUUCAAGGUGCCGUCCAACUGUCCCGUGGUCAUCGUGGACGGCUACGUGGACCCCUCGGGGGGCGACCGCUUCUGCCUGGGGCAGCUCUCCAACGUGCACCGCACCGACGCCAGCGAGAGGGCCCGGCUGCACAUCGGGAAGGGCGUGCAGCUGGAGUGCCGCGGCGAGGGGGACGUGUGGAUGCGGUGCCUGAGCGACCACGCCGUCUUCGUGCAGAGCUACUACCUGGACCGGGAGGCCGGCAGGGCCCCCGGGGACGCCGUGCACAAGAUUUACCCCGGCGCCUACAUCAAGGUGUUUGACCUGCGCCAGUGCCACCGGCAGAUGCAGCAGCAGGCAGCCACGGCCCAGGCCGCCGCCGCCGCUCAAGCGGCCGCCGUGGCCGGCACCAUCCCGGGGCCCGGCUCGGUCGGGGGCAUCGCGCCCGCCGUGGGGCUGUCGGCAGCGGCGGGGAUCGGCGUGGACGAUCUGAGGCGGCUCUGCAUCCUGCGGCUCAGCUUCGUCAAGGGCUGGGGGCCCGACUACCCCCGGCAGAGCAUCAAGCACACGCCGUGCUGGAUCGAGGUGCACCUGCACCGCGCGCUGCAGCUGCUGGACGAGGUGCUGCACACCAUGCCCGCCGCCGAGCCGGGCCCCCUGCGCUAGCACGCAACACCGCCCUCCCGUCCCCCACCCACACCCCGCGCUUAAUUUAAUUUUUUUGUAAGGAAGAGACCUCCCCAACAAAAAAAAAAA